UUUUAAGUACGGAUCUCUUUCUCUCCCUCACAACAUUCCAUCCAGAUUUGUCCGGCAUUGCCGUCUGAUCCUCUUCUCUUAAAUUUCUCCCAUUUAUUCUUCGCCUCUCCGUGUUGCAUAUUUCAGGUAUGGGCCCGGCGGCGACAGGCGACCUGGCGACGCUGAUAUUCACAUACGGAACGUUGAAGCGGGGAUUCUCCAAUCACGGCCUCCUGCGAGACCUCAUUGACUCCGGCGACGCUGCUUAUCUCGGCGACUACCAAACCGCGGAGAAGCUCCCGCUCGUCUGCGGGCCCUACAGAGUCCCGUUUCUCCUCAACCUCCCCGGCUCCGGCGACCGCGUCUGGGGCGAGGUCUACGCCGUCUCGGCCAGAGCCCUAGCCCGGAUGGACGAGCUGGAGGGCACCACGCGCGGCCACUACGAGAGGCUCCCCAUCACGCUCCUCCGGCAAGGGGACGGGGAGGAGCCGAUGGAAGUGGAGGCGUACUAUGCUCACCGAAGCUACGCGGCGGAGCUGUGGAAGAGGAGCGGCGAGAAGGGCUACAGCUGCUACGGUGAGAUCGAGUCCAGUGGCUACAUCAGACGCAAAGAUAGACCUCAGCAUCUCUCUUUCCUAGAUCAGAUUAGCCUCUUCAUCCGCCAUAACCCCAGUGAAGCAAUUUCUAAUCAUUAAACAUCUCUUCAUGUUUUGUUAACUUGAUGAUGAACUCAUUAUUCCCAUCAUUAUUGUUGCAUAGUUGUUGUUUUUCGGUUCCACCUACACAUCUCAAAUUCAAUCUGACCUCUGGGUUUUUCAACACUA